UAACCCCAUAACCGCAUUUGAAUUCAGUCAUCAGUUUGUUUAUUUACAUUCGCGAUGUUUGCUCGGCGCGACUCACCCUACUCACUUGUUUCGAGAUCGAGAUCGAGUUCGAGAAUCUCGAAUAGGAUUUUUAUAUAAGGGAUAUAUAAAUAAAUAAAUAUAUAGCAGAGCGCUCGUGUGUUUAUGAAAACAUAACCUCCCGUACGUUUACAGAUGUGAGAUCCGACGAGAGCUGUCACCCGUACGCAUCAGCGAAGAAUUCGGUUAAUUAGGGAAUUAGUAUAGUUAUUAAUUAUUAAUAAUCGAGAAUGGCUUCGAAAAAUCCGAGAGCAAUGACACUUGUUGAAGCUGUAAUGUGGGGGACCUCAAAGCAAGUACAGGAUUUAUUGGAAAUGCGAAAUUUACCCAUCGACGACAACUGGACGGACUACGCGCUUUUGCUCACGGCACUUCGAAGAAAACGUAAAGAAAUCACGAAAAUUCUUUUGAACAAGGGCUGCAGAACUACAAAGGUACCGAGGACCGGUAAUUCCGACACACCUCUGCAUUAUGCUGUUAAGAUGAAUGAUUUUGAAAUCAUUAGGAUGCUGUUGAGCAAAGGGGCAUCUAUCAGCCAUGUGGGUGAGAAUGGAGAGACGCCUCUUUGUUUUGCUAUGAAAAAAAGAUAUGAUGGAAUUGUUGACUUGUUAUUUUCAGCAAACGGUGCUGAGUGUGACAAUACAGUCAACAAUGAUAAAUUUUCACACUUUCACAUUGCCUGCAUUAGAAAUAAUGCAAACAUUGUUGAAAAAUUUAUCAAUUUUGGCGUUAAUAUUAACGAUCCUGUAAGUUUUACUUCAAAAGAGUGGGCAGGUUAUACACCUCUACAUUUUGCAGUUGACAAUGAUAGCCUAAGUGUGGCUGAAUUGCUUUUAAAAUGUGAGGCUAAUAUAGGUGUUAAAAAUGCAGAAAAUAUGACUCCUCUUCACCUUGCUGUACAGAAGCGAAAUAAUGCGAUCAUUAACUUGCUUUUGUCCUCCAAAAACAUUGCAGCCUUCAAUCCAAUGGAUGACAGUGGAUUUUCACAUUUUCACAUUGCUUGUAUGAAAAAUCAUUUAAGUGCGGUGAAAAAGUUUUUACAAGCUGGUGUAAAUGUUAAUCAUGUUGUUAGUUCAAAUCAAUCUAAUGGACCAGGAUAUAGUCCAUUGCAUUUUGCUGCUAAAGCUUUAUCAGUAGGCUGUGCCAACCAGUCAUCAUUGGUAGAAUUACUACUGCGUUCUAAAGCUGAUGUGAAUUCAAAAGAUGUGCAAGGUCAAACACCUUUACAUUUAGCUUGUUUACAAAAUGACAAAAGAGUAGGAAAAUUACUCAAAGAUAUUUGCAGUGCUAUGGAGACAGAUAAUGAAACUAAUCAAUUGAAUCAUUGUGAAAAAUCAUCUCUGGCAUUAGGUCUAGCUGAACAAACUAAAGUCAUUGAACUGCUUUUAAAGUAUAAAAGUGAUGUCAAUGUGAAAAAUGAGUCUCAGGAGACUCCAAUAUUUUACCUUUACAAGCAUGACCGUUCAAAGAUUGCAGCUAAGGGAAAGUGUGACAUUAAUGUACUAAAAGAAGUUAUCAAAGAAUUGAAUAAGAAACGCAAAGAGAUUUUACAGAUUCUCCUCAAUAAUCAUGCGGAUAUAAAUGUUCGCAAUGACAGAGGUCAAACAAUACUGCAUUUAAUUGCUAGUAUUAAUAAAGAAUAUGAUGAUGAUUUAAAAGAAGAGACAGCUCAGUUAAUUUUAAGCAAAAAAGCUGAAGUUGAUCCUGAUGCUGUACAUGACCCAACUGUCCUGCAUACAGCUGCUAAACAUGGACAUUGGAAACUCAUCGAACUAUUUUUAAAAUAUAAGAUGGAUGUGAAUUGCACGGAAGAUUUAACUCAAGCAACACCUUUGCAUCUAGCGACUUCGCACCAGCAGAUCAAGGCUAUAAAUGUUCUACUACAAAAUAAUGCUGACGUGACUAUGACAAAACAUAAUGGAAUGAAUUUACUGCAUCUAAUGGCUUUGAUCAAUCCAGAAGGGUCUGAGGAAGCUGAAUUUAUAGAAUCUUAUGACAAAAUCAUUGCAAGGUUUAUUGAACUUGGAUGCAACCAUAAUGCUCAGGACAUAAAUGGUAGAACACCUUUACAUUUGGCUUCUUGGGAACAUAAUAAUGCAGCCACUUGGGCUUUUUUGCAACACUUUGCUGACAUUAAUGUUGAAGACAAUGGUGGAGAAACUCCUCUAUCAUUUCCUAUACACAAUACUGAACGAUGUGUUAACAUUUAUUACAUGUUUAAAGAUUACAUCAACAUGUUGAGACUGACUAAAUUGUACGUCAGUGAAAAAACUAAUACUUGUUAUAUCACAUUAUUUGGACCAGAUCCACCUGAUCCGAAGGAUGACUUUUUGGCUCAGUGUAGAGAAGAACUAGAGAUAAUGAGAAGUAUCAAGCUUAAUGCAUCUUCUACGGUAUACGAUAUGCUUCAUAAAAGCUCUCAUGAAAUGGAAGUUCAUGCAGGUAAUGAACUUUUUGAAAGAUUUGUUGGAUAUGGAGAUUUUCUGAAAACUUUCAAUAUCUAUGGUAAUCUACUGAAGUCACAGUACAGAAAGGGUUUAGCAAGAAAAGCACUUGUAAAGGAUGCAAAAGAUGCACUAGAAUUUAUGACAGGUAUUGGACUUCCAGACUAUUGUUCAAGAAAAAUUUUCCAACAUUUAGACAAUACAAGUUUGUUUAAUUUAACAAAGGCCAAGUCCAAAAAACUUCCCGAUGAGAAAGAUAAUACCAAACAAAUUGCUACUGAUCAAAGUUUGUGUGCAUCAAUAGAAAAGGCACUUGCUUUUUACAAACAAUUAUCCGACAAGCAUAUGGAAAUGUAAAUAUCUAUUUACAUUUAUCAAACUUAGCCAUUUGAGGCUACUUAUAAUUAGACUGAUUUUUGUACACGCAAAAUAGAAGAAUAAAAAUAAAAGAAUGUUUUUAAUAAGAA